AAUCCAUUACAGACCUUUGGCUUCACAGGUUACAAAACACCAACACAUGGCUUGUGUAACUCAAAAUCAGCUGUUGUUUGGUAACCAGCACUUUGGGUAGCUGCAGGACGUGGAGCGCUUAUUUAAUGCUAAACCAAGACAUGUUUAGUGUACUGUAAUUUGACAUCGUUUAGCAGGUAUCUUUUUAUUGUAACCUCUCACCUGAAGAUGCCUCCUUCGGCGGGUGCAACCGAAGACAGCAAAGCCUUGGUGAGGAAAGUGCUAAGGGAAGUUCUGAUGGGUCGUGAAGAUCCAGAGGGCUUUUUCGCGAUGUGUGUAUCCGCAUUGGGGCACCAGGAGACCAGGUCACAGUUUCUGUCCAUCAUCCAGCCCCUGUCCACGGCAAACAUCUCCAUGCACACCGUCCUUACCUCCAUCUACAACGAGUACUUCUCAAAGACUGAAGAUGAUGAAUUGGAAGUUGCAUUGGCUCUCUCCUUACUGGAAAUGAAAGAUAAUCAUCGGUCAACCCCCAGCCAAGAGUCACUACACCAGCAUCUUCAUGAAGGACUGAACCAGAGAGGCGCUUGUCAAUCAACCACAGUGUCUCAGGCUCUGGGGAGCAGCCACAACCAGCUAACAGACGUAGUUGAAAGUAGAAAAAACACCAGCUUGCCCCAAACUGGGGCCUGGGGCAAGUCUAGAUCACUGAAGACAACCAGUGAGAAUAAGCAAGGAACAAGCCCUACUGUAUGUACCCCCACACCUCCUGGCAUCGUUUCUACGCAAGACACAGCGAAAGAAGGUAAACAAGUGCUCGAGGGAGAUCUGAAUCAACCAGAGAAACCAAAACGCUCUAAGAACAGGCGACAGCGGCGCAAAGACACUUGUCAGCAUGUUGUAGGUUUGCCUGUAUCUACCUCUGCACCACCGCCAGUACUGCUGUGGUUCAGGAGGGACCUGCGACUUUGUGACAACCCUGCUCUCAAUGGCUCACUAGAGGCUGGAGCACCUGUCAUUCCUGUCUUUAUCUGGAGUCCUGAUGAAGAAGAGGGACCAGGAGUUACGGUGGCCAUGGGGGGAGCAUGUAAAUACUGGCUUUAUCAAGCUUUGUCUUGUUUCUCUUCAUCUCUGGAUCGCAUUGGCAGCCAUCUUGUCUUCCUCAAAGCAAAAGGAGAGGGGAAUGAGGUUGGAUCAUCACUGUGUAGUCUUAAGGAGCUGGUCAAGGAAACAGGGGCAAGAACAGUUUUUGCUAAUGCCCUGUAUGAGCCCUGGCUGAAAGAGAGGGAUGAUCAUGUGGUGUCUGCUCUUCAUGAAGAUGGCGUGGAGUUCAAGAUGUUUCACUCCUACUGUCUCAGAGACCCUUACUCUGUCAGCACGGAGGGUGUGGGACUCAGAGGAAUAGGUUCAGUGUCUCAUUUCAUGAACUGCUGUAAACAGAACCCAGGAUCUGCUUUAGGGGUUCCUUUGGACCCUCCUGUGUCUCUUCCCACACCUGUUCACUGGCCUAAGGGUGUGCCUUUGGAUGAGCUGGAACUAGCACGCAUGCCCCGCAGGAAAGAUGGCACCACGAUUGACUGGGCAGCUAACAUCCGUGAAUCAUGGGAUUUCAGUGAAGAAGGAGCACAUGCACGACUUGAGGCCUUUCUUCAUGAUGGUGUGUAUAGAUAUGAAAACGAGUCAGGCAGGGCGGAUGCCCCAAACACCAGCUGUCUGUCUCCAUACCUUCACUUUGGUCAGCUUAGCCCACGCUGGCUAUUGUGGGAUGCCAAAGGGGCCCGCUGUCGACCCCCAAAAUUCCAACGCAAACUGGCAUGGAGAGAUUUGUCUUACUGGCAGUUAACAUUGUUUCCUGACCUCCCUUGGGAAUCACUCAGACCACCAUACAAGGCUUUGCGGUGGAGCAGUGACCGUGGUCACCUGAAGGCUUGGCAGCGAGGUCGGACAGGUUACCCUCUGGUGGACGCAGCAAUGAGGCAGCUGUGGCUGACAGGAUGGAUGAACAACUACAUGAGACAUGUGGUGGCAUCUUUUCUCAUCGCAUAUCUCUACUUGCCUUGGCAAGAAGGUUAUCGCUGGUUCCAGGACACGCUGGUGGAUGCAGAUGUUGCCAUAGAUGCCAUGAUGUGGCAGAAUGGGGGCAUGUGUGGUCUGGAUCACUGGAACUUUGUCAUGCAUCCCAUUGAUGCAGCGAUGACCUGUGACCCCAAUGGCACCUAUGUGAGGAAAUGGUGCCCUGAACUUGCUGACCUGCCUGAUGAGCUCAUUCACAAACCCUGGAAAUGUCCUGCAUCCAUGCUACGACGCGCUGGUUUGGUGUUUGGCCAGACAUACCCUGAGCGAAUAGUCACAGACCUGGAGGAGCGAAGGACUCAUUCUCUGCAAGAUGUAGCUCUGGUGCGGAGAGAGUUUGCCCAGUAUGUGGACAAGCGCUCUGGCUGUGACUUGGUCCCUCUUCCCCCGCGUCUGGUCUCCGAGGCUCUGGGUUCAUCAGGUGUGGUGAGGGAGGGAAAGCAGUUCCUGUUGCCUGUUAUCACCCGCAUGGAAUUCAAACACCAGCAAGAAGAUCCAGAUGCAGAUGCUGCCUCAAAUCCCUACAAUGCUGUCCUAAAAGGAUAUGUGAGCCGCAAGAGGGAUGAGACCAUCGCCUUCCUCAAUGAAAGAGACUUCACUGCCAGUGUGAUGUACGAGGGAGUCCAGAGAAAGGAGAGGCUGGAGAGUGAUAACCGCAGGAUAGAGGGACUCCCUCGGCCUCCUGCACCUCGGGGCAGAGCCAGGAGAACUCCAACAGCCAAGGACAGGUUUUCUAUAGUACCUGGCGGGGCAGUCACUUCACUUGGCUGAUCCAGAGAUCAAGACUUAAUGUUUACAGCUAGAUGACCACAAAGUUACAUGACAAUAGUUACUAAAAAGCUGAACUUAUUACAGACCAUUAAUCACAAAGAUUAUGCAGAAACAAGCAAGAAAAGUCUCAAAUUUUAAAUGUAGUUUAACCCACAGAUGUGGCUAAGAUUAGGAAAAUGGAUGGAAACUAGCAAGAGAAAGUUUCUGUACAGUUAGUGAGUAGAUCUUACAUUUUGUACAAUAAAUAUUUAAUAUAUUCUCAAUUAUUGAGCGAUGGGAUCUUUUUUUAAGUCAGAUUUUAACAAAUAAAUACAUGCAUGCAUUUAAGUUGAUAGUGGAAAAAUAUUGACUUCUGAUGUGUCUGACUUCUAAACCGAGGUGUAUUUUGUUGUUUACAAAAUGAUAUAAGUAUUAAAACAGGUCGAGUUAUCAGGUGUGUGGAAAUAAGUCAGUUAAGUUAAAAAAAACGUUACCAGGUAGAAUUUGUUUUUCUUUCCAAUUGUGAAUGCAGGUAACAUUUUGUAUACAUUUGUAUAAAAGGGUCAUACAUUCGGUUUGAAAUGCUGUUUGUGUGUGCACUGAACUGGGUUCUCUUUAUUUUUAUUUGUUCUUUCUGUACAAAAUUAUAUUAUAUGACACUGACAUGGUGCCAGGUACACCAGCUGUUCAAUACCUCAUUGGAUAAGACACUGUUUCUAAAAUGCUCUCCACACUUUUGAUAUGUUAUGACUUUGAAAAAUAAAAAUAA